GGGCCGUGAAGCCGUGCCGCGCUGUCUCUUGUCGGACCUUUAAUGGAGAUUUCGAUGGUUGUUGAGCCGUGAGAACGCGGCGAGAAAUUAGACCACUCUCGACAUUGUUUUAUAUUGCUCUCAGAGGCGUGGCGAGCAGCAGAAGGCUCCACCAGGACCACCACCACCACCACCUCCACCACCACCAACAGUAGCAGUACAAGCAGGCGUGGCAGGGCGCCCAGGGGCCAGGAUGUGUGGCUCCCUGCUGCUGCACGCCCUCCUGCUGCUGCAGUUCACAGAUGUUCUUCUCGUGAAUAGCAAGAUGAGGAGCAAACUUGGGGCCAACAAUGUGGAUGGGCAGGAGGUGGGCAUGCCAGAUUGGGAGGCCUUCGCACCCCCAAGAGGACCGCACUUCGCCCCAGACUCUCCCAAAUACGUCAGCGCCGCCGUCGGGUCCCCAGCCCACGUGCCCUGUAAGGCGAGGAACUUAGGAUCCAAAUCAGUCUCGUGGAUCAGACACCGUGACCUUCAUGUACUGACGGUGAGCUCCUUCACUUUCACCAACGACGAGAGGUUUUCCGCCCACCGGGACUCUUCCACCGGCGACUGGGUGUUAGUGUUACGUCACCCUCAGCCUUCUGACUCCGGGUACUACGAGUGCUCCAUCUCCACCAAGCCUGUUACUGCCAUCAGCGUCAAACUGGAGGUCGUGGUCCCCACGGCUGAGCUUCUUGGUGACGGUGACGUGUUCCUGGACAAUGGCAGCACCCUGAACCUCACCUGCGUGGUUCACUUCAGCCCCACGCCCCCUGAGUUCAUCCUGUGGUACCACCGAGACAAGCUGGUGAACUACGGGUCGAGGGAAGGGCGAGAGAUUAAAGUGGAGACGAUACAUGACGGUGACACGACCCGCUCCUCCCUGCUGGUUCACAACGCCACUCUCUGGGACUCCGGCAAGUACUCCUGCAAGCCCUCCAAUGCCCAGAAGAUCUCCAUCCAAGUCCACGUCCUCAAGAGCAAAACCCCCGCCGCCAUGCAAACCACGGACAACAGCGCCCAGAAAGGCUGCCCCGCCCCUUCAGCCCUCCUGCAGGUUCUCUUAGCCUCCCUUUGCCUUUACGGGCCCGUCGGUCACGUCACCCUGGCCGCAGUGCCGAGGCUUGUGCUGGGACUCGCUCUGCCCUUCACCACUCUCCUCACGAACAGAUAAGAGGACAGCUGGAAGACUUCUGGGACUCCACGUCAGGCGUAGCGAGGACCAGGACGCUCAUGACAGGACAGAGAGAGAGAGAGAGAGAGAGAGAGAGAGAGAGAGAGAGAGAGAGAGAGAGGGUUGCAUGUACACGGCCCCCAUUCACUAAAUAUCGUUGUAUAUAUGUAUUACUAAGUUGCCUAUUGAUUAUACUCUGUCUAUUGAAGGACAGCACACGUGACAAUCUGGUCGGGUGGAGGUGAAUGGCGGUUGUUCCUGCCUUUCAGUUGGUGGCUUCGUCUGUUCUGUUCGUCAGGGUUCAAGUGGUGUGUCUCUGUUGACUCUUGUGUUGGUUUCAGUACAGUUCCAGUCUCGCCUGCGACGCAAAACGCACGGAAGAAGCCAUCCACUUGCUGUGUUCAAUUUUUAGUCAAAUACUCGAACAUUUCCCUUCGAAUUCUGAUGAUUAACACUGGCAUGGAGAGAAAAAAAAUUGGGGGACACUGCCAAUAUUUUCCAUUCCCUGAAAAAUGACAAAAAUAAUUGGUAUUAACUUUAUCGCACCGUAUCUUCUCUCUUUUCUGUUUUAUUAUACUGCCAUGUGAUAGGCACGUCGCAGCUCGUCUGUCUGCCUUUGUUUGCAUUCUUUUUGUGUUUUGUACAGGUGUUGCGAGGGUAACAAGUAACCUUAAUUUUACAAAGGUGUUGUGUGGGAGUUUAUCGGUAUAAUAAGCAUCCUGUAAUUGUUAUGUGUUUUGCAGACAUUGUAAAGGAGUUUUGAUCCUCUCUGGUAGCGGAAAAGUGGUGUUUAAAAGGCUCCUGCAGUGGUAGUGUUCGAUGGCCUAUAGACACGACACAAGGAGAUCCACACAUUUCUAAGGCAUCGAACCAUAUACAGUAGGCCUUUAUGUGGAUUCGAAUCAAGUGCCAGCGUGGAGGAAGCAGUAAGUCUGUCUGCAAGGUUUUGUGGUGUGCAGGAGGCGUGGCGGUGCAUGUUGUAACGUAUCGCAGUGCCUCCCGGACACUUUGCAGGCGCGCUGAGGAAUAUCAAGAGGUGUUUUUUUUAGUAUUCUGCAAAAUAACGAGGUUUUCCCGAUGUAUAUAUAUUUUUGUACAUACUGAACCUGAUGUCUGGAGAGAAGUGUGUGGGUGAUGUUAUGCUUAAGUUAUUUCUUCUUGUGUUCGUUGCCGCUAUUUUACUCUUUAUUUACUUUUCCCCUUAAAUUAUUUCCUCUUUCAUUAUAUUUCUUCGUUUUCUUUUUCUUUUUGUCUUUAUCUUAGUUUUUUUUUUUGCCAUUUA